UGCGUCUUCUGUCGUAACAAUGGCGAGCAUGAAGAUGUUUAUACAAGCCAUCAGUUAAAAGAUGCUGACGGCAAGAUUACAUGUCCAAUCCUAAAGGCUUAUACUUGUCCAAUUUGCGGUGCUACGGGCGAAAAUUCUCACACUAUUAAAUAUUGCCCA